AUGAAGCAUGCAGAAGGCAAACUGCAAGACUGCCAGUACCUGCAGGUUGUACAGCUUCUACCUCUGUCACAGAUCUACCCUCAGCUGCAGAUCCAACCUCCAUCACAGAUCCAGCAGGUGACGUUGAGGCAACCUCAGCUGCAGAUCCAACCUCCAUCACAGAUCCAGCAGCAAGGCGUGUUCGUGUACAAACAAAAGUUCAGUGCUCUCACUGUGGACUUGAAAAAUUUGAAUAUCCACAUAAACAGAAGGCACUCACUAAAGAUCACUGAAAUCACAGAGACCCACCACCUGUCAUCCCAGUGCAUCGAUCCACUCAAUGGGAUAUUUGCUGUACAAAAAUAAUUUCACACACCAUGCUGCCCCAUCCAUGUACAGAAGAAAAUAGCAGGUGCAAGUUCAAAAGUCAUCUGUGAAAUGGAUGAAUGCAAUAUCAACAUAGAAUUUGCUGCACGGAGCGGAUUUGUUCAGUUUGAGUGUGUCCAUUUAAAAUCACUGCAGUUCUCUCCUUGGUCAGAAACAAAUUCAGUAACUCUAGAAGAAAAUGUCUUGACUCAUAUGGUUCAAGCUAAAGUCUUUGGGGAGCAAACCAAGAAAACCUGCAUCAACAGAAAACAAGCUGCUAGUGCUGCUGGCGUACCUUUUACAACUGAAGUAACUGAAGGAAGCCCAUCAACAAAGAAAUACAUUUCUGUGUUUGAACCCAAACUAUCGUACUACAGCAGACAUGGGAGAGUUAUAGCUGCCUAUGACUCGCGCCAAAACACUUGGCAUUGCCCUUGUGUAAAAGCAAGAAGAUCAUGUAUACACAAAAAUAUUGCAAAGUGGCACUUGUUCCAGACAGACAGGCAAAUGUUUGAGUCUUCAGAGACCACGGAAGAACACACAAAUGCAGUGUCUGUGCCACACACAGUUGAAUGUGCAGCACCGCUUGACAGUGGAUUUGAAUAUCCUCCCAAUGAUGAAGGUCUGAAGAGGAUGGUCAGUUACUUGUUAAAAAACAAAACACCCCUUCUGCCCCAGAAAUUGACUACUGGAUCUAAGACAGAUGAAGGCUUUCCAGAACACUUAAUUCCUAAGGAAACUACAUGCCCAGAAUGUACAGGCAAUGUGGCUUUAAGUGAACCAAAGUUGAUUACAGCCAAAGCAAAGUUGGUAAUAUUUACUGGCAUUGUUGAAGGCAUUUCUACAUACUGCAAAAUGUGCAGCAAUUGUGGGCUAAUUAUUCGGUAUCAGGAGUGGAUUGACGGAAUUCACAAUUUUAACGACCAUUUGCUCAUUUCGUUGCACAUGUGCCUUGUCCUGCGCCAUUCACUUCAGACUCAUCAUGCCGUUAGCAGAGUUGUUGAGGUUUUGGAGGCAACCACACAAAAGAAAUUUCCCAGCAAGGAGAAAAUUCUCCAUGCAUAUAUGCAUUGUGAAGCCUUAACAGAGCACGACUACAUGUACUCCUGCAUUAAGUGUGGCUACUGUCCAGCUGUUACUGUAAUGGACCUUCAUAAAAAGGCAGUUUUUAGUAUGCCUGUAAGCGAGAUUGAGGAUCCACCAGAAGACUAUGAUGGCUGUGUUAAUAUAGAUGCCUUCUGGGAGUCUGUAACAUCUGAGAUAAUUGCCAAGGGCUUGUUGACAAGUGGCAGAAAAAACCCCUUUGUGGUUCCACCAUCGUACCACCACUGGGCACCUUGGAUAGGUCCUAAAACAAGAAAAGAAGACAUGGUAUUAAAUACAGAAUAUGCCAAAAUGCAUGCACCAAGACAAUGUCAAGAAGCCUGCGAACUUCAAGUUACAGAAGAGAGACUUGAAGAAGUCCUCACCACUUUGAAGGUGGACAUGGUCCGCAGGCUUUGCAAGCAGUGUGGUCUGGACCCAAGAGGGUCAAAAAUGGAUCUUAUCUUACGACUGCGAGAAGAGUUGAGGAACAGGUCUUCUUAUGACAAGAUCUUUCAGAAAGUGUGGGGUGCUUCAGGUGGAUGGGCUGUCAUAACAUGCCCCUGUGCAGUUGUUUAUUCAGUGAAAUUCCUUGUUCGGGCCGAGUCUCCACGUGACUAUGCAGAUGUACUUCUGUCUUGGAAACACUUUCCAAAUGUCACCAUCUAUGACUUCGCAAGAGGCUUAGCUACACAUACCAACCUAAGAGAGCCAGAAACAAUACCAUUCAAACCACAUGAGGGACGUCUGAAGGAGCCAAAUCCAGAGAACAUUCAACUGGCUGCUCAAAGUCAACUAAAAGUACACUUGCCAUGGCUAAAGAGAAAGAAGAAUCCUGGCGACACAGAUGGUCACCCACUUACAGGUUCAGCUGAGCAUUAUGCCCUUUAUGAUGUUUUUCAUGAGAAGGAUCCCAGAGAUGUUCUUCGUCAAAUCCCACUUGUCCCUGAAUUGGCCGGUUGGGUAAACAGCCAGUGUGCGGAACAGCUAUUUGCAGACAUGAGGAAAAAUAAUUACUUCAUGAACACACUUACCCCAUCUGGACAUGUCUUCUUGAUGCGUAAUGUACUGCAUCAUUACAACAAAAAUCUAAAUAAGAAGACCGAAGCAAGCAUCAGGAAGAUUGUACCUCCAAAUGCUGAGAUACAUUUAGAUGCCAAUGGCCAGAUGAAACUGGGUCCGGUUCCAACAGCAACUCCUGCACCUUUGGCGGAAGAGACAUUCCAUGGACCAACAGUUCCAUCAGCAACUCCUGCACCUUUGGCGGAAGAGACAUUUCAUGGACCAACAGACAUUCAUGAGAGGAGAAUUUGGAGUGCAGACUUUCUUCCCUCACAUCAAUUUCUACUGAAGUAUGUUCUGGACAAAUACAGCGACCCAGACGAGGAUAUUGUCUUUGUGAGCCCAACACAAACACUCAAGCGGAGUGACUUCUGGUCUUUGGGCUUUGAAGAGCUUGAGGCAACGAUUGGCAAUCGGUGUUUUGCUGUCAUAACUAAAAUGGCUGCCUCAAAGGGCAAAGCUGUCUUGGCUCUUAACAGUUUUGUGAUAGUGACAUGGCUGCCACCAUUUAACAGCAACCCACUGGAUGCUUUACCUACCGAUGCCAGUGUUCAAGAUUUCAUUCUUUUCCCUUCCUGGGAAUCCGGACACUGGAUUUUAUGCAUUUUAAAACCAAAGGCUAGGCAAAUCUUUUAUUUUGACUCCACAAAUCCUGUAGGCUUUGGACACCACAGCUACCUUGCUGUUUUCAGACAUGUGGCAAAUGAGCUUUGUCCUGGCCAGUGGACAGAAGUGACUUUGGGAGACUUUCAGAAUGCUCCACUACAGUGGGGAGGCAUAGACUGUGGCCUCUUCAUUUUGAUGUAUGCACUCUAUGUAGUGAUGGAGUUGCCAUUUGACUUCACACAGACUGACAUGCCUGAUGUUAGGAGAUGGUGGUGCCUACAGCUUCUGGAGACAUUUCCUGUAGGAAGUAAAGUGGCAGCUGCCUCCAUGGAAGACGUGAAGUCUAGACAAACACCAGCCCAGCAAAACAGCAGCCCACCAGAGAGUUUUGAAGAUUCUCCAAUGAUGAAGAAUAUUGUGGCUGCAGCGGAAUGGGUGAAGACCAAUAGCCACUCACUGAAGGGAAGGGUUCUUCUUCCAAAAGUUCUGGACAUGGAGAAGGAAGCUGCUUUGUUGGCCCUUGCCACCUACCAAUUGUUCCAAGAUCAAGAUGUUCAGACCUAGAGGAGAUAUGGCAACCUUUUGUUUUUAUGUUUGAGUUACAAGAUGACAUGGAACUUUUUUAAUCUGAAGUAAGAGAUAAAAUAAAUAUUUGUGUGUCAGCAGUGAUUGACCUCAGCUUGUAAUAUUCAAGUUAGGCUGUUGUUGGAGAUACAAAAUGCCAAAAUGGUGUUAAGCUGGACAAAUACAGUUAGCCAUAGUGUUGUGCUGGAAGUCUUUUUUUUUUUUUUUUUUGCAUUUUUUUUAGAUACUUAUUUUAUGACUGUUGAAUGUUUUUAUGUUUUAUGUCUGAUUUUAAUAAAAUCAAUGUUUAAUUA